AUUACCCAUAACCAUAGGUGUCAUGGCAUAUUGCCUUUUCAAUGACUUACAAUUCAGUGUGACUAGGUUUACCAUAUUAUUUUUAGGACCACUCUGGUUAUAAGUAAACAGAGAGGCUUUGGGCACUGAACACAGAGAAACUGUUAAAAGAGGUGCUCCAAAUGGGAGAGAGAACACAAAGAAGUGAACUUGGGAUACUCAUGGGAAACUUUAGAAAUUUUUAUUUCUACUUAAGAAUGAUACUAUUUUUUAUUACCAUACUAUUGCCUUCUAGACCUUCAUAAGGAGCUAUGGACACAAACAAUAGAAGUUCCAUGACAGAUUUCAUCCUGCUGGGGUUUUCUGAUUGGCCCCAGUUAGAACACAUCAUCUCUGGGAUUGUCUUCAUCUUCUAUAUUGUGACUCUGGUAGGAAACACAACCAUCAUCCUUGUAUCUAACCUAGACAGCCAGCUCCAUACUCCCAUGUAUUUCUUCCUAACCAAUUUGUCUUUUCUGGACCUCUGUUAUGCAACUAGCAUCAUCCCACAGAUGCUGGUAAAUCUAUGGGGUCCAACAAAGUCUAUUACCUAUGGAGGGUGUGUGCUCCAAUUCUUCUUUGCCCUUGACUUGGGAGCCACAGAAUGUCUCCUCUUGGCUGUGAUGGCCUAUGACCGCUAUGCUGCUGUUUGUCAACCUCUUUACUACACAAUAAUAAUGCACCCUCAGCUUUGCCAGAAGAUGGUGCUCACGGCCUGGUUAGGUGGUCUUGGUAGUGCCUUCAUUCUUUGCUCCCUGACUUUGAAGUUGCCAAGAUGUGGGCACCGGGAGGUCGAUAAUUUUUUCUGUGAGAUGCCAGCCUUGCUCAAGAUGGCUUGUGUCUACUCAAAAGUAAUUGAGAUUGUAGUCUUUGCUCUUGGAGUGAUAUUUCUUCUAACACCUCUAUCAAUAAUUUUCAUCUCAUAUGCAAUUAUCACUCAAGCUGUCAUGAGGAUCAAGUCAACAGCAAGGUGGCAUAAGGUCCUUAAUACAUGCGGUUCCCACCUCACAGUAGUAACUCUCUUUUAUGGAACAGUCGUUUAUAUGUACAUGAAGCCACAGAAUAGCACAUCCCAAGAUGAGGGGAAGUUCCUUACUCUCUUUUACACAAUUGUCACACCCACCCUUAACCCUCUAAUCUACACUUUAAGAAACAAAGAUGUAAAGAGAGCAAUAAAAAGAAUACUGUAUGUAGAAAAAUGGUAA